UUUGAAAAAAUAAAGAUUCUUAUAUGAAUUUUCUGAAAGUGAAAUGACACUUUGAGAAGACAAGAGUUUAGAACUAUAUUCGAAGACGAAGGUGGUGGCGACGGCCAUUAAGGAAUUCGUGAGUUUGAGAUGUGUUAAUUCGUCAAAACAUCGUCGGGAUUCGGUUAAAGCUAAACAAAGUGUCGCCAGUAGAGAGGAGUGGUGCUUGGGAGUGCUGCCAGAUGUAAAAGCGUAGCACUGCCUUAAAGAUUGGCGCAUAUUUUAGCAUUUGUUUACAAUUGUUUAUAUUUGAAAAAGUGGGAAAAUUAAAUUUGAGUGCGUGAAAAUGAUAAAAAAUAAAAGCUCAAUGAAUGAGUAAUAGUUUUUAUCCAGUUAUUUCACCUAAUGUUUGCUGUAUCCGCAAAAGUGAGAUUUAGAAGCAGCAAAGUGUAUUUGAAAGUUUUAUGUAAUUGUUUUUAAAUAAAAUACGUAGUAUGCAUUAAAAUUAAAUAUGCACUGCACUUCAAAAUAUUAUCGAAGAUGUUCGCCAUGCAGAACAGAAUUCUGUGGUGUUUAGAAAAUGAAUAGUGAACAUGCAGCAGUAAAAGCAACUCCUGGUGAGUCAGCGAAAGCCACAAUUACUGUUGCCACUGCUAAUGAAUUGAAUCGGCAAUAUCAACAACAGCAACGACAUUCACCACAGCAACAUCUUAACAAUUCUCAUCAUUUACAUCAACUGCAAUUACAGCAACAACAGACGCAAAACCAACAACUAAACGAGCCACAGCAAAUCCGAAGACAACAAACAGCACAACAACAACAAUUGCAGCUGCAGCCGACGCAGCAACAGAGUAAUUCAAUGUCGUUGAGCAAUGCAAGUGGUGGAGUUGGUGGUGGGGGCUCCACUGCCAUAGUGACAGCCCCCUCCACUAUAGCCACUGUACCCGCUGGGACAGCAGGCGGUAUGGUUGGUGUUGCCGGUAAUACCUUAAUACCACUGACAGCCCCAGUCCAACAGCAGCCAGUUUCAAUAGCCACUUUGACGGCGGCGACAAUUGCGGCCGUUGCAGCUGGAGGUGGCACACCAACCACUCUAACCGCGACGCCAGUAACUAUCGGUGGUCUUAGCAUAAGUGUUACGAAUCCUGCAACUGUCGUUACUGGCAAUAUUGCUGACACAAAGAUAGGCCAAACAUUGCAACAGCACCAACAACAAACGCAUCAACAGCAACAAACAAUAAGUUCAACUGGAGACACAUUAGCAACGGCAUCAACCACAACUGCACUAUUGCCAAAUGCACCAAACUUGAGCAAAUAUUGGGUCGUUUCAAAUGGUCAAGCGCUUCCCUAUAAUAUUUUGCCAAAUGGAACAAUAAUCACACAACAUCAGCGGCAGCAAACGACGGAGCAGGAUACACAUACACAACAACAGGUUCAACUUCAGCAGCAACAACAGCAACAGCAAGCUAAUGCAUUACAAAUUCACGCUGCAGUAAAUGCCAGCGAUGACAAUCGACAGCAACAACAGCAGCAUGUUUCGCAGCAGCAACAUGUAACUGCCGCUGUGCAGCAGUCACAGCAAACUCAACAACAGCAUCAACAGCCCCAACAACAACAACUCUUACAACGAGAGAAUAUUAAAGAGGAGAAACCAUUUUUAGAUAACGGGAAGUUAAAUCAAUCUUUAGUUAUGCAACACGUAGGCGCAACAGCAUCGUCCGCGCCGACGACGUCCGGUGCUACUACCAUAACCCUAGGUGCGCCGAAAACCGAAGUUAAAGACGAUGUUGGAAUGGGCAAACCGCCUAUUGAAAUGUAUAAAGUUAACAUUGAAGACUUUUCCCAGCUUUUUACCUAUCAUGAAGUUUUUGGUAAAAUUCACGGUGAUGUCAUGAAUCAGGCUGCACAUGCAGUACCCAAUCCUGCACCACCACCACCGCAUGGUAAUGCGAGCAACAAUGCUGCAGUUGCGGCCGUUGUGGCCAGCGCUAAUGCUGCCGCUGUCGCUGCUGCUGCGGCCGCGGCAGCCGCAAAUACAACGAGCGGUGUUGUGGCCCCCACAACAACUACCAAUCUAACGACGGCAAUCAGCACUAGUGGCACUACCACCGCCCCUGCAACGGCUGUAACAGCAACCCCAACUGUGACCGGGGAGCUACUGAUGCCAAAAAUGGAGGGUGGCCUACCGGUUGUGGAUCAGACAACAACCAUCGCGCUUGCUCCGGAUGGCACUCCCAUCGCUACUGGUACACAUGUCUGUGACAUUUGCGGCAAAAUCUUCCAAUUUCGCUAUCAAUUGAUCGUACAUCGACGUUAUCAUAGUGAACGGAAACCAUUCAAUUGCCAGGUUUGUGGACAGGGCUUCACAACUUCACAAGAUUUAACGCGCCAUGGGAAGAUUCACAUCGGUGGACCAAUGUUUACGUGCAUCGUUUGUUUCAAUGUAUUCGCUAACAAUGCCAGUUUGGAACGGCAUAUGAAACGACAUUCGACCGAUAAACCAUUUGCAUGUACGAUCUGCCAGAAGACAUUUGCACGCAAGGAACAUUUGGACAACCACUUUCGUUCGCAUACGGGCGAGACACCUUUCCGGUGCCAAUAUUGCGCAAAGACAUUCACGCGGAAGGAGCACAUGGUGAAUCAUGUGCGCAAACACACGGGUGAGACGCCACAUCGUUGCGAUAUUUGUAAGAAGUCCUUCACGCGCAAGGAACACUAUGUUAACCACUACAUGUGGCACACUGGCCAAACACCUCACCAGUGCGAUGUAUGUGGCAAGAAGUAUACACGCAAAGAGCACCUAGCUAAUCAUAUGCGUUCACACACUAAUGACACACCAUUUAGAUGUGAGAUAUGCGGCAAAAGUUUCAGUCGCAAGGAGCACUUUACCAAUCACAUUCUCUGGCAUACCGGCGAAACACCUCAUCGUUGCGAUUUCUGUUCGAAAACAUUUACACGCAAAGAACAUUUGCUAAAUCAUGUACGUCAACAUACCGGCGAAUCGCCUCAUCGUUGCACAUAUUGCUUGAAAACGUUCACACGCAAGGAACACCUAGUAAAUCACAUACGUCAGCAUACUGGUGAAACACCGUUCAAAUGCACCUAUUGCACGAAGGCAUUUACGCGCAAAGAUCAUAUGGUGAAUCAUAUUAGGCAACAUACCGGAGAAUCGCCGCACAAGUGCACAUACUGCACAAAAACGUUCACACGAAAGGAGCAUCUGGUAAAUCAUGUGCGUCAGCAUACUGGUGAAUCUCCUCAUCGUUGCAGUUACUGCAAGAAGACCUUUACACGCAAGGAGCAUUUGACGAAUCAUGUACGUUUGCAUACUGGCGAUUCACCGCAUAAAUGCGAGUAUUGUCAAAAGACAUUUACGCGUAAAGAGCAUCUAAACAAUCAUAUGCGCCAACACUCCAGUGACAAUCCACAUUGUUGUAAUGUGUGCAACAAGCCAUUCACUCGUAAAGAGCAUCUCAUCAAUCAUAUGUCACGUUGUCACACUGGUGAUCGUCCUUUCGCUUGUGAGACUUGUGGUAAGUCGUUUCCACUCAAAGGAAAUCUGCUGUUCCACCAACGUAGUCACACUAAAGGACAGGAAUGUGAACGUCCGUUUUCAUGUGAGAAAUGUCCCAAGACCUUUAUAUGCAAGGGUCAUCUUGUCUCGCAUAUGCGUUCGCAUUCGGGCGAGAAACCACACGCGUGCACAUUAUGCAGCAAAGCUUUUGUUGAGCGUGGAAAUUUGAAGCGUCACAUGAAGAUGAACCAUCCCGAUGCGGUAAUGCCUCCUCCGCCGCAGCCUCAUCCGCAAAUCCCAGCUGGUAUACUGACGUCAGUCAAAGAGGAAAUAAAACCAAUAUUUCUUCCUCAUCAAACACCGACCAUGCACACCAUCCAACAAAUUACAUCGGGCGCAGCUGCGGCAAAUGCCGUGCAGUUGGCCCCUAGUCUGGUGCCGUUGGUUACCUCAACGAUAACUUCGCAUAAUAAUCAGAAGCCGCAGCAGCAGCAGCAACAACAACAGCAGCAACAGCAACAACAGCAGCAACAAGCACAUCAACAGCACCAACAACAGGUGCAACAGCAGCAGCAACAACAUCAACAGCAGCAGCAGCAGCAGCAACAACAACAACAAUUACUACAAUUAUCCAUACAACAUCAACAACAGCAGGAACAACAUCGCCAACACCAGCAACAGCAACAGGCGCAUCACCAACAAACACAGGCGCAAGCACAACAACAAGCUCAUGCACCACAACCUCAACCGCAACAACCGCCACCCGUGCCUAUCGCACUCAUACAAACCGAUCCGGGCGUCUUGGCGCGCGCCGCCAUGCAACUGCAGCACCUGCCAGCGAAUGUUGAGCAACAUCCGGUGGUUUACUAACAGCAGCAUAAUUUCACACACUGGUGAGGCGCGUUGACGGCAGCGUUCAAUAAUAAUAAUAAUAAUAAUAACAACAACAAUAAUGUUAAUGAUAUAAGCGAGGUGGAUAGAACGGUGCUGAGAUAAACGCGAGGCUGCAGCUGCUAUUACCCAGCCACAAUGGCGACUGGGGCUUAGUAGUGCAACCGAGACUGCAAGUUGCUGACGUGAUUGUGAAAAGGCAACAUUUUAUAUGGCGCGUAAGCAUUAAAGUAAGACGGAAUUCGUAUAGUAAAAGAAGUUUAUUUUUCUGCACAUAUAAUAUUUCUAAGUUUUUAAUUUAAGUCAUUUACAUAUACAACAUUAACCGUGCUGCAUUAUUGUACGCGCGCAUAUAUAUCUUGAGUCCAAUAUUAAGAACACGAGCAACAUUUUUAUUACUAUAUAAUUAGAACAUAAGUUUAAACCCCAACAUUUAAUUUGAAAAUGAAGUCAGAUUGUCGCUAAAAUAUUCAAAACCUCGCGACACGCUGUUCUCCGCUUAGCAUAAACCUGAAUUAGUGAGCAAUUUCUUAUUCUAUUGUGUUGAUUUGAAAACUCUAUUUUUAAGCUUUACUUUUCAGCUUUACUGUUUAUUUCGAACUUUUUAUGUUGAAAGUCCCGAAUGGUAGUUUUGUGCAAUAUGACGAGUUUUCUAAAGCUCUACUUUUAAAGUAGCGGCAUUUAUUUUUACGUAAACAGUGUUUUUCACGCUUACUUUAUUCAGUUUCAUGCUAAGCUGAUUAACAGCGUGUUUGGGUAAAAACGAUUGGAUGUGUGCUGAAUUGUGAAUGUAACAUUACCUAAAAGUGUUACUUAAACUUUGUGAAGUGCCAAAUUUGAGUUGGCAUCAUAUGUUUCAGACAUUAAUAGAAUUUGUAAAUUACUUUUUUUAUAUUUUUAAUAAAAAUAUGCUUCCAAAUGCUUUAUUUAUUUUAAAUCUUAUUAAAAAUAAAAUAAAAAUUUUAGACACAAUUUCGAUUAAAAAUUUCCAACAGGUUUUAUGUGUCACAUUUGCGAUAAAAUUAUUGAAUAUGUACUGACAGAUAUUUUCGAAAAUCAUGUUCUCUUCGUUCUACGGUUUCUUUGCAUACUAUGAAGAAUACAAAUCGUGCCAUCCAAUUUUAUAUACCUUAUAUGCUUAUAUGUUUAAGAUACAUACAUACAAAUAUGUAAGGUAUCGACGGGAGUUGUAUAUAAUACAAAGCAUACAUACAUAUUUAAUAAUAUGAUUACAUAUAUGUAUAAAGAAGUAUUUUGAAAAAAAUCAACAACAAAGUGUAGUGAGGUUGCGAUCUCGAUAUUUGUUUUCACCCCGUUUUAUUUUCGACUCGUUAGGUUUUCCUUAUUAUCUGCAGCUAAAUGGUUUAUAAUUUUUCUGUGACAACCAUUUUUAAUUAAAUUACAAUUUAUUAAAUAUUUAAAAGUAAAAUAUAAAGAGAUACGCUGUAUUAUUCGCAUUUUAGAAAUGAGUAAAAUUAAGUGACUCUCAAGAGAGACGAGUGGUAAUUAGCAUAACAGAGAGAGAACUAUUGUCAUAAUUGACUUUGAUUUAAUUUUUUGUUGGAUAGAAAAUUAAGUAUGAUAUGAAAGAUAAAAUUAGAUGUGUAGUAGUAUGGCUUUAAGCGUAGUAUAUGCAAAAAUUGUAAAUUAAAGUUAAACAUUUGAAAUUCGGUAUUACUAUUAUUGAUGGGAGAAAAGUAAGAGAAGAAAAAUUUAAAUAUGUACGCAAGCCAGCAUAAGAACGUGUACAAUUCCAAAUUAAAUUAUUCAUUUACAUGCAACUAGAAAUUAAGGCAGCAGCAAUAAUAAGCAAAUAUUAAAAGAAGUCUAAAAUAAAAGCCUACGAAAAAGUUUUAAAGCGACAACUUAGUGAACAUUAAAAGAAAAUCAUUAAAUUAGUUAUACAUACAUACAUGCUAUACAUACUUUAUAUAUACAUAUAUAUAAAUAUGUUAUUGGAUCCGUUAAUCAUAAAGUAGUUGAACUAACUUGUAGCACACGUACGUACAUAUACACAAAAAUACAUAACAUACAUACAGUUGAUAAAAAGUUUGUUUCCGGACUGCAAGUGACUCUAGCUACCAUCACGAAGAAGAAUGCGAAAAUUGACAAGUUACUCAAACAAAGUGCGAAAUAAUUGAGCAAAGGCUCGGGGAACUAGAAGAAAUUACCAAGGAAAUAUCAUAAUGUUCUUUUGUGUUAAAAACGCUUUUUCAGUAAAAACUUGUCUGACUAGUGAUGCUAAGCAGUUAAGAAACAAACCUAUUGUAAAUCACAAAAAAUCAUCAAAAUGUAAACAAGAAAUUCACAACAAAAAUAUUUUCGUAAGAAAAAGCACGCCCUCAAGCAACACAAAUUUUUAAUUUGCCUAUUUUAUUUUCAUUUUUAUUUAUAUUCUCUUUUAAUUUUUAUUUUUUAAUUUUCUCUUUGAUAAUUUGAUGUCUAAUAACAUCAUAUUUAUUAUCUUCUCUCAUCUAUGUGCUACAUUAUUAUUAUAUUAUGACUGACCCAAAUUUAAAUUUCCACUUUGAAACUUCAACUGGUGCAGAAAGUAUUCACAUAAUAACUGAAAUCAUCGAUACAUCAUUUACAUACAUACAUAUUUAUCAACUGCAUAGACACAAAUAAAAUAUAUAAACUAACCAAUUAUACAUAGCAACUGCAAAUAUGAAACUAAACAUAAAAAUUAAAAAUAAAAAUAAAUAACUGUUAACGCUUUAAUUUACAAUUAAUCGAUACGCAUAAAUAAAUGUACGAUAAAAGGAUAACGGAUAGUUAUUAAUAAGGCACCAUACAAAGGUGGGGUUUGAUUUUUUCGUAUGAGCAGCAGCGUUAAGGAAGCGUAGUAAACAAUAACACCAGCAAAAUAUUUUGUAAGAAAUAGCAAUCUAAUGCUUACAUAUAUACACACAUUACUAAUAAAUGAAAUAAUGCUAAAAUUAUUGCAAACAUAGCGUUAGUUUAUAAUAAUAUAUAUAUAUAUACAUAUAUACAAUAUACACUUAAGCUCAUUUACUAAGCUAACAACUAAAACAACAAUGAUUGUUAUUAAAUGGGUAUAAAAGUAAUGCAAUUAAUAUAUACUAAUGGUUAAUUACAAAACCAAAAACACACAAAAAUAUAAAGAUCUUCAAAUACAUUAUUAAGCGCGCUGAGCGUUCGAUAAGCAUAAAUGCAAGGGUGACAAUGAAAAACAUAUAGGUAUUAGCUAUUAAUAUGCAACUAACUUUACACAAGCACUAACUAACUAGAAGCGUUGAAGAGCAUAGACAUUGUCGCAUGUGUAAACGCUUAAAUAAUGUAACUGCAUAGUAUUGAACAUGGACAUAUUGGUGGCUACUUGGUUACAAUACUGGUACACUUUGUUGGUCGCAAAUAAAAUUCUUAUGAGCAAGACGCUUACACGGUAAAAAAUAAGAAAGCGCUAGCGCUUUUGUACAGUUUGGCCACCUUAUGUACCAGCGCAAAGUUAAGAAGAGUUAAUUAAGAAAUGAUAAUGGCAAUGUUGAAAGUUUGAUUUUGCUUUGUAAAUGUGCAUCAUUUUUAGCGGCUUCCAGAAAAAUGCGUAAUUGUCAGCAAUUACAAAAAAAUUAAAAUAAAUGUAUGCCAAUCAAUAGCGCAGUCUACUAGAAUGUGUAUGAAAUUACGUUUAAUACACUGAAAAUGUAUAAAUAGAUACAUAUGUAUUAUUAUUAAGAAGAAGAAAAUUAUUGCUGAUCGCUUUGUCGCUGAUUAACAUAUUUAAAAAUAUAUAUUGGAAUUUAUACUUUAAAAAAGUAAAAUAUCAACCAAUUAAAAAAUGCAUAUAUAUAUAACAGUAAAAACAAAACAUAAUUAAAGUUGUAAUAAUAAGAAAUAGUAAUAAAAACAUAUCCUUGUAUCAACUAAAUCACAGUUUGUCAAAUGAAAGCAAAAACUAACAUGUUUUAAUAAACAAAAAAUAUUGUAGCGCAUAAAAAAUAGAAAUGUAUGCACUGUUUUAAGUUGAACUCUUCAAUGAAAAGCUUACAAUAUAUCGUUAAACAAUUGCAACAACAGCAAGAAAUAACAAUUGCUAUAAACAUAAACCUUACUAUAUAUUUUAAUGCACUGCAAUUAUAUAUACAUACAUAUAUAUUUGAUUUGCUUUUGAAAAUAAUAUGAUCGUGUGUUUUAUUUAUUUCUUUUGUGGUUUGUAAUUUUUAGGAUUUUUUGUUGUUAGAAUCAGGUUUUAUUUCUGUUAUUAUUUAGUUGUUUUGGCGGCGAAUUUAUGACAUUUGUGGUUUGUUUACAUUACACACAACCAGGGUUGCGAAUUUUAGAUGCAAAAUUUUUGGAUUAUUUAUAAGAUUUUUCUAUCGGAAUCAAAAAUUAAAAAUUUAAUUUUUAAUCCAUGAUGUUGGGAUUAAAAAAUAAAUUUUUAUUAAACAUCUUGGAAUGAAAUUUUAAUGCUAAACAUUUGGAUUAGAAAGAGAGAAAACAUUUUUUACUGCAAAGAUUAGUUGACAGCUAGAGUGAAAAGCGCUAAACGAGUAAAGAUUUAAAUAAAUAGUUUUUACUGUAAGUUAUAUCUGAAAACAAUUUAAUACAAAUACGACAAAAACAUUAAAAAUUGGAUUUGCUCUUUAAUAUAUAACCAAAAUUGCAGAGCACCAAUUAUGCAAACGCGGAAAAACGAAAAUUCUAAAAUAGUUUCUUCGUAAAUUUUUAAUAAUAACUUUGGGAUUAAAAUUUUUUGUUUUUUCUUGUUUUUUCUACCGAGUAGGAUUAAUAAUUAAAAACAAAUUUUAAAAAUUAUAAAUAAAUUUUUAAUCCGAUUUUUGAGAUUUGUUUUUUUUUUUACUUUUCAAUAACUUAGGAUGAAAUGGUUUUUUGUUUUUAAUCCGGUAUUUGAGAUUAAAAAUUAAAGAAAGAGAAAUAUUUUAAAUUAGAUUAUCGGAAUUUAAAUUUAUUUCUUGUUUUUUUUUCAACUCGGUAUUUAGGGUUAAAAAUUAAAAACAAAUUUUAAAAACUAAAAAUAAAUUUUUAAUUCGAUUUUCGAGAUUUAUUUUUUAUUAUUUUUCAAUAACGUGGGUUGAAAUUGUUUUUUAAUCCGGUAUUCGAGAUUAAAAUUAAAAAAAUAUAUAUAUUUUUAAUUAAGAUUAUCGGGACUACGAAAUAAAAUAAAAGCAACAAUUCAAAUGUUAACUUAAUUAUUUUAUUAAUGCAUUAUUUGCAACCCAUCACACCACUAAUACGGUAAAAUUGUGGUAACUAUCUGUUGACCCCUGUCUUGUUUUGUUUUAUACUUGUAAAAUCAUUUUUUUUUAAAUAUUAAUUAUCAGUGACAAUUAUUAAUUUAUUACAGACUCAACAACACAACAUUAUAAUGAAUCAAAUAAAAAAAAACUAAGGGCGAAAUAACCAUGCAGGGAACAAUUUUAAAUUGUAAACUUUUACUCAUAAUAUUAAAAUAUUAACAAAAACAAAACAAACAAUUCAAUUAACCGAGACAAGACAAUGUUACAGUGUGCACUCAUUAGCCGCAGAAAGUAAGAACACCCUUAUUUGCUAAUAUUUACUUGUUUCUAACGUAGUUUCUUUAUAUAACUAGCUGAGAUGGCUUAAGUGAAGAGAUGUAUCAAGUAUUUUACAUGCAAAAUUCUACUAUUCUAUUCAUUAACAUUUAAUUUUUGUGUAAAAGAAUUCAAAAACUUUCCAUUUCGUCGUAGAAAACUAUUAAAAGUAAUACCUUAGUCCAAGUUAAGAAAAAUUUAAAAAAUGUAAGCAUGUCACCUAAAGUGAUAAAGACUAAACUCUUCUUCUAUGCAAAUACUAUAAUAGUAUUUUUUCGGAAUUUUAUUUUAAUUUUUUUGAUGCCCAAAAAUUCAAACAUAUUUAACACGAAAUAUCUCAACACCAAUAGAUGACAAGUUAACUUUAUGGUGAGAAGUCUCGAUAUUUGUAUAUUGGAAGCUUUAAAUAAGUAAAGAGUAAACACUUCUAAUGACACGCUUGGAGAGAUCAAUCCAAACAAAUUAACUGAAGCAAAAGCGUCAUGUUUCCUAUAAGUAAAUAAAAUGCAAUAAUCGCAACCUACAUACAUACAUACAUUUAUAGGUGAGUAAACGCCGUAAAUAAUAUAGACACGUAUACCAAUAACAAAACAUAAAUCAAUAAACAUUUGAUAGACAAACAAAGAAUAAAUUAACAUAGCCGAAAACAGCAGCCACGUUUUUGAGAACAAUAAGCAGUUGAAAGCAGUAAUAUAUAAGCAUGCCUACAUACAUACAAUACCUUAAUAUUAAACUCAUACAUACAUACAUACUUACAUUAAUUACAGCAAGAAGGCGACGGAAAGCAUUAUAUAUAAAUUAUAUACAUAUAUAUAUAUAUAUUAUAUACAAAAAUAUUCACAAAUAUAUCUAUAUAUAUAUAUAUAUACAAUCGUAUACAUGACAGUAUAUACAUUCGUAUGUAUACCCGAUAUAUACACAUAAAUAUACAUACAUAUAUAUUUGAAAAUUACUCAUUAUAUAAGAAUGCAACUGAAGUAUACAGUAAAGAUUCAACAUAGAGUAGAUAAUAAUGUAAUAAAAAGAAGGAAAAAUUCAAAAAAAAUAAAAAUAAAAAACAACAACAAAAAUAAUAUAGUAGCAACGUAGCAGGACCAUAGAAAAUACCUAACUAAUCUGUAAUCAGCAAGGAUAAUUACAUACAUACAUAAGAACAUAUUUUACAUACUUAAAAAUCAACUACCCUUACACAACAACAAACAGCGACCGUUAAGAGAAGCCCCGUUUAAUGAAUUGCAAAUGGCAGAUUUGGCAAAGAAAUUGAAAUUGUAAAAUGACUUUCACAAAACGCAUGCACACACACAUCUACAUAUAGUACAUACAAAUACAUAUAAUUUCAUAAGUAUUUGUAAACAAACGAAAUAAAUUGAAAUUGUGGAGUUGAUAGCGAAGUGGGCAAUGUAAAGUUAUUUAUAAAAUAUCACACACAAACACACACAUGCAUGCAAAUUAGAAAUACACGUAAAUUAACACAAAAAUGAUGUCGAAGGAAAGUUUAACGCAACACAUGAAAAAUAAGCAAGGAAAUAUUAAAUAUGUAAAAAUAAGAAUUUUAGAAAAAUGUAUUGAAAA